AUGUGCGUGUACUUGUACUUUGAGCAAACCCCUUAUGCUCCCCUCGAGGACUGCUGGAGGAGCGUCAAGGCAGCCAUCACCAACGCAGCGGAAAGCACCAUCGGAUUUGUGGAACGAGGACGACGGAACGAUUGGUUCGACGAGGAGUGUCGAGCGAUUUUGGAGGAGAAGAAUGCAGCACGGAGGGCAAUGCUGCAGUAUAAUCUCCGUGAUUACGAAGAGGCGUAUGGACAGAAGCGAAGGCAGCAGCACCAGCUCUUCCGGGAGAAAGUGUGCCACCACGAAGAGUUGGAAUUCGAGGACAUGGAGCAGCUGCAUCGCUCAAACGAGACGCGCAAGUUCUACAAAAAACUCAACGGAUCCCGCCAAGGCUUCACGCCGCGAGUCGAAAUGUGCCGGGAUAAAGAUGGAGUGAUAUUGACGGACGAGCGCGAGGUGAUCGACAGGUGGAAGCAACACUUCGAUGAACACCUGAAUGGCACAGAAGCAGAGGCAGGGGUUCAAGACGGCAGAAGAGAGGACUACAUCGGUGCAGCAGGAGAAGAACUCAUCAAGAUGGGCCCGGAGAAGCUGGUGUUCUGUUUGCACAGUCUGAUAGUCAGGAUCUGGGAGUCAGAACAGCUACCGGAGGAGUGGAAAGAAGGAGUGAUAUGCCCGAUCUACAAAAAGGGGGACAAGUUAGAUUGUGAGAACUACCGUGCCAUCACAAUACUCAACGCGGCCUACAAAGUGUUCUCCCAGAUCCUCUUCAGCCGUCUAUCGCCGAUAGCAGAGGAUUUUGUUGGAAGCUAUCAAGCCGGAUUCGUCGUGGGGAGAUCGACGACCGACCAAAUCUUCACUGUGCGACAAAUCCUCCAAAAGUGUCGCGAGUACCAAGUCCCCACGCACCACCUAUUCAUCGACUUCAAAGCCGCGUACGACUCAGUCGAUCGCGAAGAGCUAUGGAAAAUAAUGGACGAAAACGGCUUUCCCGGGAAGCUGAUAAGACUGACCAGAAUGACGAUGGAUGGUGCUAGGUGUUGUGUGAAGAUAUCGGGUGCGGAAUCGGACUCGUUUCCUUCACUCGGGGGGCUUCGGCAAGGCGAUGGGAUUUCUUGCCUCUGUUUCAAUGUGGUACUGGAAGGUGUUAUGAGACGAGCGGGCUUCAAUAUGCGGGGCACGAUCUUCAGCAAGUCCAACCAAUUCAUCUGCUACGCCGACGAUAUGGACAUUGUUGGCAGAACGCUCAAGGCGGUUGCUGAUGCGUACACCGGCUUGAAGCGGGAAGCAGAAAAGUGUUCCAUCUACAAGUCGCUGAUAAGACCGGUCGUCCUCUACGGGCACGAGACGUGGACAAUGCUCGAGGAGGAUCUACGAGCGCUAAGCGUAUUCGAACGUCGAGUGCUCAGGACCAUCUUCGGCGGCGUAUUUGGGAACGACGGAUGGCGGCGGAGAAUGAACCACGAGCUUGCGCAGCUCUACAACGAACCAAGCAUCCGGAAGGUCGCGAAGGCUGGACGGUUGCAGUGGGCGGGUCAUGUUGCUAGGAUGCCGGAGCGACCCGAGCAAUUGAGCCAGCGGAACCAGAGGAUCAACCCUGCGAAGUUGGUGUUUGUGUCGGAGCCGAAACAGCAAGAUCCCAUCGCCGAGACGAUGACGAUGAUAGUGCCGAUGAUGACGAUACCACACGUAAAGCAAUCUGUACUCCAAGCAUUAAAUCGUCUAAUUUCGGUUCGAGGUCACCGACCUUAUUUCGAGCCACCCCCUCGCAAAACCCGGCACUCAUCGUUCAUCACCGCGUACCAGCGAAACCAAUCCAUCUCGAAACCACGCCGCAGCAUCCCCAUCAUCACACAAAGUGAUGAUCAACGAAAGUUGCCACCUUCCAAAAUAAACCUUAGACAUAGAUCUUACGCGCGGUUGGAAAAGCCGCUUUUCCGACUGAACUUGCUGUUGUUGUUGUUGUGA